AUGCCUGCCUCAAAUUGGGCUGAAGCAGAUAGUGUUCGGGAAAGUUCGGACGACAUCUCGGAAACAGCCGAUUCUCUCAAAGCUUUGGAUUUUAAGGACAGAACAGCUCUAGGCGGAGAUCUUCGAUUUAUCCUGACAAUACCGAAACUGUGCGAUGUGAAGUUCGUAGUAGGUCGGCGGAAAUUCCCAAUGUAUGGUGUAAAGGCAAUUCUGGCAUCUCGCAGCAGCACUGAAGUGGAAAGGGCGGACAUGGCUAAUAUCUCAGAUAAGAAACUGACGAAGAAGGAUGACAGGAACAGCAGUGCUCCGCUUGUCCUAGAAAUCCCGGAUUUUGAACCAAGCAUCUUUCGUCAUGUCCUCACAUUCACUCACACUGGUGACAUCAACGUCAGUUUUGAUGACGUCAUAGGUGUUAUGAACGCUGCCGAUGUGUAUGGAUUAGAUGGAUUACGCUCCGCUUGUCUGGAUUUUGCCCGACAAUUUGUCACGCAAGACGCCGUCCUUAGCCUACUGGCGUCAACAGAACCUUAUCGCUGCUACAAGUGGACUAAACUCAUUACCUUAGAGAUUUUGAAGUUCAUAUGCGACAAGGCACAAGACGUUCUACGGCAUGCCGAUUUCCAGAAGCUUUCCCUGCAGUCUGCCAUACUGGUUUUGAGUAAACCCGAACUACGCGCGACAGAAGAGGUGAAGUGGAACGCUGUCCUUCGAUGGUCAGUUUAUAACGGAGGCGAUAUGUCUAAUAAAGAACUCUGCGACGUCCUUCUAAAGCUAUCCUCAGGAAUCAACUUUUGUGAUAUUUCCCUUAGAGUCCUGAAGAAAGAAGUUCGACCUCUGGAAUUUCUUCCUGAUGACGUCAUCAACAAGGCCAUCUACCAUCAGAGAAGCCCAAGACUCAUCAUAGGCCAGGACAAGGCUCCUGCAACCAGUCAAAAGAGACGACACAGAAGGUCCCCAACUCAUAGUAAAGAAGUUGUUAUGACCGCUAACUUCUUCCACAUGCAACCUUUAGCCUCGUCAACCUUUGAUUCUUCCAGAGAUUUUUCUGAUAGUGUAGAAUGUGUGGAUUCUUUGUGA